AUGUCUCGAUCAACUACUUGGCAGAGGCUCUGUCGUCUCAUCUGGGGUAUAAUUAAUCGCAAGCCUAGCCAUGCCUGGGGCAUCAUACAUCUGCAAAGCAAAGAAAGUACAGAUAAUGAAGCAGAAGAGGCCGAAGGAGAGGAGUUGGAAGAAGAGACGGCAAUGGGCUUAGGUAAAGGAAACUAUGACCAAUCAAGAUAUUCAAUAGACGACUGCGACCACCAAUCUUCAGGACAAGAUAGCCUUGACAUGGGUGCUGGUAGGGAAAAUAAUUUUGAAACUGGAGUCAACAGUCAGGCCAAGGGAGGCGAUAAUCUAACCUCAGCAACUACUAAUUCAUUGCCUUCCUUUCAAAUCCACCACCACAAUGAAAGGGCAUUUCACUUUCACAUACUAUACCGUUACAGACCUGUCUUUAAGGCGGUCUACGUACUCAUUCAGAUUAUCAUUCAAGUAACUUCCCUCAUGGCUUACAUUCUGUCCACAAUCAGCAGUUUUCGAGUACCCAUCAAUGAGAGAAACAUGCAUCCCACAAAGAUUCAAAUACAGUCUGACAAUGUAAUUCCUUUGCACUACGCAGUCGCUUAUCUAGACAAAUCAUUGACAAUCCCAUUCACUUGGAUCCGACUCUUAGACGCGAUCUCGACGUGUUGGAUCACGUUUGAUUUUAUCCUAGGGCUGAUAUUCUGCCCAUCACUAGUGAGCCUCGUAAUUUCCGUCUACACCUGGAUUGAUUUAAUUUCUCUAAUACCGUUCUAUUUUGAAGCUUUUACCUUAAGCAUGGUUACUAAUGAUGAUACACCAGUGUCUGAAGGUACCCGCAUUCAUGUUCUCCUAAUCAUAACUGACUACGUGAAUAUACUACGCGUCUUCGUGGUGCUGCGUUUAAUACGAUUACUUAGAUUCAGUCGAGCCGUAUGCGUCCUUUCUUAUGCUGUGUGGACCUCGCUACGCGAUGUCAUUAUUCUUUUACUUCUGCUUGGUAUCAGCACAGUAUUCUUUGGAGCAGCCGCUUUCUACACGGAUAAAUCGUUUCUCAGCGUUGCUGAUGGUGCCUGGUGGGCAUUGGUCACCAUGUCAACGGUCGGAUAUGGUGAUCGCACUCCGAAAAGUCCAGCCGGAGUUCUAGUUGCCAUUUGCUGCAUUAUUUUCGGCCUUCUUUUGAUCGCCCAUAUUGUCCCUCUACUGGUGAACAUUUUCAUUCUCUACAACAGACAUGCUGAUCAGCUAUCGGCAAUGGAGAACCUGAACCUUAAGCUGCAAUCGAAUUUGAUGCUAAAAAGUGAUGCGGAAAGAAUGAUCGAGGUGUCCGAGUUCGUGCAUCACCUGAUGAAACAUAUACUUCAGUUCUUCAAAUAUAUUGCUCCAAAAUUUGGCAGGCAAGUGAAAAAAAUUGAAAAUAUUAAAGACUAUAAAAACGAUUCAUAA